GCUGGAGGCGGGGCCGGCGCUCCCGCUGCUGCUCGGGGCCCGCAGGGUCAUGGCCGGGAAGGUCAAGUGGGUGACGGACAUCGAGAAGUCGGUGCUGAUCAACAACUUCGAGAAGAGGGGCUGGGUGCAGGUGACGGAGAAUGAGGAUUGGAACUUCUACUGGAUGAGCGUGCAGACCAUCCGGAAUGUGUUCAGCGUGGAGACUGGCUACCGGCUCUCGGACGACCAGAUCGUCAACCACUUCCCCAACCACUACGAGCUGACCCGCAAGGACCUGAUGGUCAAGAACAUCAAGCGCUACCGGAAGGAGCUGGAGAAGGAAGGGAGCCCCCUGGCGGAGAAGGACGAGAACGGCAAAUACCUCUACCUGGACUUCGUGCCGGUCACGUACAUGCUGCCCGCCGACUACAACCUGUUCGUGGAGGAGUUCCGGAGGUGCCCGUCCAGCACCUGGAUCAUGAAGCCGUGCGGCAAGGCCCAGGGCAAGGGCAUCUUCCUCAUCAACAAGCUCUCGCAGAUCAAGAAGUGGUCGCGGGACAGUAAGACGUCCUCGUUCAUGUCGCAGUCCACGAAGGAGGCGUACGUGAUCUCGCUCUACAUCAGCAACCCGCUGCUCAUCGGCGGCAGGAAGUUCGACCUGCGGCUCUACGUGCUGGUCUCCACCUACCGGCCCCUGCGCUGCUACAUGUACAAGCUGGGCUUCUGCCGCUUCUGCACCGUCAAGUACACGCCCAGCACCAGCGAGCUGGACAACAUGUUCGUGCACCUCACCAACGUGGCCAUCCAGAAGCACGGGGAGGAUUACAACCACAUCCACGGGGGCAAGUGGACGGUGAACAACCUGCGCCUCUACCUGGAGAGCACCCGCGGCCGGGAGGUGACCAGCAAGCUCUUCGACGACAUCCACUGGAUCAUCGUGCAGUCGCUGAAGGCCGUGGCGCCGGUGAUGAACAACGACAAGCACUGCUUCGAGUGCUACGGCUACGACAUCAUCAUCGACGACAGGCUGAAGCCCUGGCUCAUCGAGGUCAACGCGUCCCCCUCGCUCACCUCCAGCACCGCCAACGACCGGAUCCUCAAGUACAACCUCAUCAACGACACCCUCAACAUCGCCGUCCCCAACGGGGAGAUCCCCGACUGCAAGUGGAACAAGUCGCCCCCCAGGGAGGCCCUCGGCAACUACGAGAUCCUGUACGACGAGGAGCUGGCACAGGGCGACGGGGCCGAGCGGGAGCUGCGAGGCCGGCAGGCGCCGGCGCUGGGCCCCAGGGGGGUCCGCUCCCGAGACUCAGGGAGAACCGUCCUGACCUGGAAGUGAACGACAGCCGGCCACGCCGGGCUCCAGCCCCGACCUCUCCCCACGUCUAC